GCUUCUGUGCUGCCACAGCCCGCCCCACCACCAACAAAUGCCGUAGCCCGCAUUACCCUGUGAAGAUGCGCUGCCUGACAGGCUGAACCCAGGGAGUACUACCACAGUGUUGACGUUGUGACGUGGUCGUGUAUCUGUGUUGGAAGAUGGCUGACAGCAGCGGACCCAGCGGACUGGCGGUGAAGAGAUGUGACUCUGGCUCUCUCUCCUCUGUCAGUAUGGACACCAUCUCAGCGCUGACGGAGCUGGAGGACCUGGAGAGGGUUUACCGGCAGCUCUGCAAGGAGGAGAAAGAAGUGGAUUGUGAGCUGGACAGACUGGUGGGGCAGGAGGGGACCAUUCACACAAAGAUGCUGGCGCUGCAGAGGAUGGGGCCCAACCUACAGUUGAUUGGAGGGGAUGCCAGACAGCUGUCAGGCAUGAUCACAUUUACCUGCAGCCUGGCUGAAAACGUCAGCCGUAAAGUCCGACAGCUAGACCUGGCAAAGACACGGCUGUAUAACGUCAUCCAGCGUGCCGACGACAUCCUCGAUCUGAAGUUCUGCACAGACGGCGUGCAAACAGCUCUGCGUAACGAAGAUUACGAGCAGGCUGCUGCCCACAUCCACCGAUACCUUUCUCUGGACCAGUCUGUUAUUGAGCUGAGCAGGCAGGGAGAAGAAAGCAGUGCUGUGGAUGCCAGUCUGGUAAUGCUGCAGGAAGCAGAGCAGAAACUGAAGGUCAUUGUCGCUGAGAAGCUUGAUGAAGCUGUCGCAGCAGUCGACAUCGCACAGGUGGAGAGGUUUUUCAAGAUCUUCCCUCUGCUGGGCCUCCACCAGCAGGGCCUCGCCCGCUUCAGCCAGUAUCUCUGCAGUCAGCUUGCCUCCAAAGCUGAGGAGAACCUGCUCUUAGCUACAGGAGGCGACCUGGGCGAGAAGAGAGCACCGCUGGUCUUUGCAGACACUCUGACGCUGCUACUGGAAGGUAUCGCUCGCGUCGUUGAGACUCAUCAGCCCAUAGUAGAGACGUAUUACGGUCCAGGCCACCUGUACACACUCAUCACUCACCUGCAGCAGGAAUGUGACCGACAGGCCCAGAAGAUAGUCGACAAGUUCAUCCAGCAGAGAGGAUACCACAACAAGUUUCAGGUCGUGCAGAGCAGCAUGAUGAAGAGCGUGCCGGCAGAGAGGAUCGAGCCGAGGGAGCUGGACCCUGUACUGGCUGAAGUAACCCUGAUGAACGCCAGGGCGGAGCUCUACCUGCGCUUUUUACGCCGUCGCAUGCUGGCCGACUUUGAAGUUGGGGAUGCUCAGAGCGUCACACAGGAGCAUCAGCAGAACGCGGAGAAGCUACUGAAACUCUGCUUGCUGAGCAGGACGAUGCAGGAGCUGAUUGGCUACUAUGUUCCCAUGGAAGAGUACUACAUGAGAGAGUCUGUCAACAAGGCCGUUACCAUGGAUACAUAUGAAAAGGGUCAGCUGACCUCCAGCAUGGUGGACGACUGUUUCUACAUCGUGAAGAAGUGCAUCAGUCGAGCGUUAUCCAGCUCCAGCAUCGACUGCCUCUGCGCCAUGAUCAACCACGCCAACUCUGUGCUGGAGUCUGACUUCAGGGAGGUGUUGUAUAAUAGGCUGCGGCAGGGCUUCCCGGCUACGACGCUUCAGGACAUCCAGCGUGGCGUCAGCAGCGCGGUCAGUCUGAUGCAGAGCAGCUUACAGCAGGGGAAGUUCAACACGAUGGGCAUCGAAAGCGCGGAACACGCCAAGGCUGCGUUUCUGGUGACUCUGAAUAACGUUGAGGUGUGCAGUGAGAAUAUCACGACUUUAAAGAGGAACCUUGAGAACGACUGCUCCAAGUUGUUCAAUCAGGGCGCCGGCUCUGGAGAACAAGCCAAGAUUGAAAGUUGUUUGUCCGACCUCGUCAACACAUCCACCAAGUUCAAGGAUCUCUUACAGGAGGGUCUGACUGAGUUAAACACAACAGCCAUAAAGUCUCAGGUCAAACCGUGGAUCAGCAGCUUCCUGUCCAUCUCACACAACAUAGAAGAGGAGGAGUUCAAUGAUUACGAAGCUAAUGAUCCCUGGGUGCAGCAGCUCAUCGUUAACUUGGAGCAGCUCAUGGCGGAGUUCAAGACGGCCAUGUCUCCUAUCAUCUACGACACACUGACCAGCCUGAUGACCAGCCUGAUAUCCAUCGAGAUGGAGAAGACCGUCCUCAAAUGCUCAUUCAGCAGGCUCGGCGGGCUGCAGUUCGAUAAAGAGCUCCGGUCUCUGGUGGCGUACCUCACCACCGUGACCACCUGGACCAUCAGGGAUAAGUUCGCUCGUCUCACACAAAUGGCCACCAUCCUCAACCUGGAGAGGGUAACUGAGAUCUUGGAUUACUGGGGCCCAAACUCGGGCCCUCUGACGUGGCGGCUGACCCCGGCGGAGGUGCGUCAGGUUCUAGCGCUACGUAUCGACUUCAGAAGUGAAGACAUCAAGAGGCUGCGACUGUAACUCGUGAACCACUCCGCUGGUGCAGUACCCGCCUUGUGAUGCUUUGCACUAAAGAGCUCUGCACAAUCCAGGUUUAAUCCAUGUUUCUGUAAAUGGACGUGGGCAGGGCACGGCCAAAUGGUCUGGGAUUUCUUUUUGUCUGAAACAAAAACGCUCAUCCUGGAGAUUUCAGUCGGGUUUUCAGUCUGCCUUCUGCUCCGCGCCCGGCUCAUGUCAGUCUGAGUUACAGCUCAGCUUUUAGGGGCAUGGUCUGUGGUUAAUGGUGAACCUAUUUGAUAUGAAUGAUCUGUAAAAAUACAUGAGAAUAUUCUGUAAUUAAAGAGUGUAAAAGUGUCACACGGGGAGUUCCAGCGUUUUAACCUGUAACUGGCUCUGAGAAACGAGGACACACUGGGACCGAGCAGUGGAGCUCUGCUGCUGUCAGUGAGACAGAGCAGUAAUGAACAUCAUACCCAUUAAACUGACAGAAGCAGGUCAGACAGCUGAUCCAGCCUAGUCAUUCAAUAUAUGAAUAGCUCCUUGUCUGUAAUGAUGGAACACUUUUAACCUAAUAAAUUGAGAGCCGCUCUGCAA